GUGGAGCCGCGGCGGCGGCGGACCCCCCAGGCGGGCUGGGGCUGAGCCCGGGGCCGGGGCGGGGGCUCCGGGGGGACCAUGCCCGGAGGCCGGCCGGCUGCAGCAUGGCUCACGGGCCCGGCGCGCUGAUGCUCAAGUGUGUGGUGGUCGGCGACGGGGCGGUGGGCAAGACGUGCCUACUUAUGAGCUAUGCCAACGACGCCUUCCCGGAGGAGUACGUGCCCACCGUCUUCGACCACUACGCAGUCAGCGUCACCGUAGGGGGCAAGCAGUACCUCCUGGGACUCUAUGACACAGCUGGACAGGAAGACUAUGAUCGUCUGAGGCCUUUAUCUUAUCCAAUGACUGACGUCUUCCUUAUAUGCUUCUCUGUGGUGAAUCCAGCCUCAUUUCAAAAUGUGAAAGAGGAGUGGGUGCCGGAACUUAAGGAAUACGCACCAAAUGUACCCUUUUUAUUAAUAGGAACUCAGAUUGAUCUCCGAGAUGACCCCAAAACUUUAGCAAGACUGAAUGAUAUGAAAGAAAAGCCUAUAUGUGUGGAACAAGGACAGAAACUAGCAAAAGAGAUAGGAGCGUGCUGCUAUGUGGAAUGUUCAGCUUUAACCCAGAAGGGAUUGAAGACUGUUUUUGAUGAGGCUAUCAUAGCCAUUUUAACUCCAAAGAAACACACAGUAAAAAAAAGAAUAGGAUCAAGAUGUAUAAACUGUUGUUUAAUAACGUGAGAAACAUCUUCAGUGGCCAAGGAAACUGUCCAUUUCUAAGAAAGCAUAUGAAAUGCUACAGCUAUACCCAGACCUCCUAUAAACACUGAAGCAGUUUAAAACUUGAAAGAAAAAAACAGCCCUGUCCUCAGAAUUCUAUAAAGUUAAGAAUGUUUCUUAAAGGUCCAAGAAGCAGAAAAACAGCAUCUGAAGCCACAAUCCAUUAUAAAUACUUUAUUUCAACUAGAAGGUACAAUCUCUCAGGGGUUUCAUAGUUUAAAAAGCUACAAUCACAUCAUGUUGUAACUACAUCAAAAACAGUGCUGUAAAUGGAACUGCCUGGCUUAGACCACAUACAUUUCUGCACAGUCUUUAUGGAAUCUGCACAAAGAAAUCUCUUCUCCCUUUGUUCCAAUUAAUUGUUCUUGUAUGUAAGUUGCUUUCUAUUGCAGUAUAUCCAGAAUGGUGAAAUAACAAGGCCAGCCACGUAGCCAAAGGUCGCUCCAAGCGUACAGGAGAUGGGCCAUACCUGAGGAGAGAAUGUAUGAGAUCAAAAAAGAACAAAUGUUUUAUUAUUACUUGAGCACAAGUGUAACCUACAUAUUUCUAUAUUAAAGCUUAAUGUGCUUUCUUAAUGCCAAAAGUGUAAUAAGGUCAUAACUGCAUUUAUCAUGAACACUAAAAAUGUACACGUUUUAGUUAAUGUGCAUUCGAUUGUAACAAGGCUUCUGGCGACUGUAGAUUUAGUUUGAUGCUCCCCAAGCUGCAUGAGAGACAUCCUAAAAUUAAAAUUUUGGGUCAGACUUUACCAUAAUCUUGGACUCAAUUUAGCUCUCUGAACUAGUUGGUAAUUUUGUUUUUGAAUUUCCACAUUGGCUUGUAUAUCAAAUGAAAUGAGAAGUGUGUAUGCUGCCCAAACCAUGAGAAAUUUUAAAUUGUGUUAAAGAGAAAAGACCUCCAAUUCAAGUAUGUUACAUGGAAUUUAUAACAAAGGAACUGCUUCUGUUAUAAAACUGAUGUCACCUUUCAGAUCCAGAUGUUGGAACCAUAGCAGAAGUUACAGAACUACAACUUAAGUCAAAUACCUAGAAUGUAAGUUAAACUAAAUAUUUGCUUCCAAAUACCCAUUUUUUCCCCCAGCCAUAUUAACAUUUCACAAUAUUACAUCAAGCCAGAAGUAUAUAAUAUUGAUUUAUUUCAUCCACAAACAGUGCAUAUUGGUCCCUAGGUGAAAAGUCCUGCUUUAAAUUUUGUGUGUGUGUGUUCACCUCUGAAGCUUAUUUGGUAUACUAGAGCCAUUUCUAAUCUUUCUCUGGGGGAACAGGCCAUAGAAUUGUAUUAGAGGUGAACCAUCUUAAUUACUAGUUGUUACCUAAUUAAGCUUCCUUGUUUGGUCUGCUGUGGAUCUGCCUUUUUCCAAAUGCCAUGCAACAGACAAUAGUGUUAGACAAAGUUUCAGUGUGAACAAACUAAUGCAGUUCAGAGAAACAUUAAUCUAAUUCAUAGAUUCCCCCCCACCCUGCGUCUUUCUUACAUUUAAACUUGCUGUUGCCUAAGUUAUGAUUUCUUUAUGCCUUUGGUGAGCUCCUGUUUAUUUCCAUGACUUGAGCUUAUAGCUAUGUCUAUUGCACAGACUGGGUAAUGGAACACUAAACUUUUAUACUUGAAAAUGACAGCCUUAAAUGAUCAUAUCAGCCACAAAUCUAGGAUGUAUUAUCUUGUAUGUGAGCUUUGUAAAGAUUUUUUAAAAAUAGAAGCACACUCUUCUCCAUUGAGGAGUAGAGAGUCUACUGGAUACCUAAGUCAGGAGCUUUCUCUCUGAGCUGGACAGUGGAGAUGUCUCCUUUCUCCCAAGAAGUGGCGGUUCACAUUGAGUACCACGGCCUUAUGUAUGCUCAAAUGGAAUCUCAUGUAACUCUCUCAUUUAAUUUUGGUCUGCUAUUUUUAGAGAGAAUUGAAAGGAAUUGUAUAAAUCAGUUAGUUAGCUAAGUUGUCCAACACUUGGUAUAAAGGAAUGAAGACACUAAAGUACGUAUUAUACAUUUCCAACUUGCCUUUGGGGAUUUGAUGGGAUUCCCCCCCCCCCCUCAAAUUCACAUCUCUGAAACUCUUCACACUGGUUUACUAGCCAAUGAAAUUUAAAAUCUAGAAUUUGUCCUACCCUAAGAAAUGGACUAGGAAUCUGGAAACACAGCUCUGGUGUCAUGUUUCAUGACUGGGCCUCAGUUUCCUCAUCUAUAAAGAUGAGAGGUAGAAGAGGUGAUCUCAGUAUCUCUCCCAUUCAUCAACUCAUGAUUCUCUUGUUUCUUAUUCAGUAAUGGUUUGACAUAACCUUUUCAGCUUCACAUUCUUAAGGUGGUAAAAAUCCUGUAUAUAGAUUAUUAGAACUCUAAGCAAAGAUGAUUGUAUCAUUAACCUGAGGUGCCUUAGGUCCUCUAUUGACCUUGAUGGGGUUUGGAGUUUCCCAUUGCUUUUUAAGAGCCAUUUCACUGCUUUGGUUCUUUAGUUUUUGGUUUUUUUUGCAAAACCCUUCCUGCCCUUUAACUAAAAACCAAAGAUUUGUUUUCUUUUCAUAAGCAGAUUGUAGAAAUUGCCUUAUUUUUAGAAGUACGUUUUCAUUAAAGGCUUAGGUUUCAACAGAAAUUCAGACUAGUCACUGGAACAGCUAGUUCAAAGUAGUGAAAUACCUGGGAAAUUAAAUACUUAAAAAAACAUCUUACUGACAUGAGUUUUGCAAGUUAAUGCAAACAUAUUGCUUCAAAUAAGGCCACGUAUGAAUGAAGUUAAACUUAGGUUUUUUUUUGCAUAUAAUCAGUUCUGAAGUUCUUAACAGUAAUUUUACAGGCUCCCUGAAAUCUUAUUUAAUUAUUUGCUAACUUAUAUUACACCGUUAUUCUAUCUCUACAGGUAUAUUUUAGAUUAGCCUAUUUUGAAUUACCAUAUUUCCAAUAAGUAGAGCCUGAAUUAAUGGUUUUUAUUGUGAAUUAUCUUAGUUACUUUAGACGUUGCUUCCAUUUGAUUUUUAAUUAUUAAUUUUAAGUACCAAAUUAAAUACUGGUUUGUUGGUUGUUGCUUUUUAAGUGAUUGUUACUUUAACAGUGUCCCAUCUUAACACAUGGGGUUACAAAUAAAAUAAUAUGCAUAGUUUACUAUCUA